AUGCCCGACCAUGCCAAAGGCACCAGGGAGCAGAGAGUAUCCUACGUGUCGUCGUUUGUGCGCUGGGUCCAGCUGAAAAAGUACCAAUAUGAGGUCACCUUCUCGCUGUACAUGCUUACACCCACCGAGAAGUUCAUUUUCAAUCUGAUCCUCUUCGUCCUUGUCUCUCUCCUGGUCACGGCCGCGCUGUUCUACCUCCCGAACCAUAUGGCCCUCAUCUACAAUCGCAUCUACUACUAUGUCAACGGUGAAUUCGCCUACGCCACCGCAGGCGCGGGAGGGAAGGUGUCUUCUUACGCGCCCGCACUGGUCACCUCUACCGCGCAGAUCGUGGGAGACACGGCCAAGGCUACGUUGAGAGAACUCUAG